AUGGAGCUCGACACGAUUCUGAACGCGAGAUUAACAGCGUCGCUAGGAACCGGAGCGCUCUUCACCAUGCAGCACGCAAUGCAGCAGCAGCACUUUGGCGCGCCGCCGUCGUAUCUGAACGGCGGCCACAUCAAAUCCGAAAACGGCUCUGAGCGCGGCGUCUCGCCUCACCCGUCAGACUCGUCGCGCUACUCGUCGCAACAGCCCCAGCAGUCCCUGCCCUCGUACCCAUCAAUUCCCCAGCAGCACAUGAACGGUCUCCGCUACCCGUCGCCCUCGCAGAUGCAGGCGCCCAUGCCCAUGCUGAACAACAGCAACUACAUUCCAAACCCCCCAGACCACGCGUACGCUCAGCAACAACAGAUGCCAGACACGCAGGUCCAGCACCAGCACAAUGGUGGUCGUCCCGCGUCCGACACGGGUCCACCAAAGGCUUUCGCGUGCUCGACCUGCGGUAAAGGCUUCGCGCGACGCAGUGACCUCGCACGUCAUGAACGUAUCCACAGCGGCAUCCGCCCUCAUGUUUGCGAUUACCCAAACUGCGGCAAGCAGUUCAUUCAGCGUUCUGCCCUGACCGUUCAUCAACGUGUUCACACUGGCGAGAAGCCCCACAUGUGUGAGCGAUGCGGCAAGCCCUUUAGUGAUUCUAGCUCGCUGGCGCGCCAUCGCCGCAUUCACUCUGGCAAGCGUCCAUACAAGUGCCCGUAUGCCGACUGCCAAAAGACUUUUACGCGCCGCACUACUUUGACACGUCAUCAAAACCACCACACCGGCACGGUGGAAGAAGCUGCCGCCGCCACGGCCGCCGCCCUUGCCUCGCGUGCUUCUGCUUCAAGCAGGACGGGCCGCUCUGACGGCGGUGACUAUUCCGAGACGGCUUCACCGCUCGGCACACCCUCGCCCAAUGACCGCACGCUGUCUCUCUCGCCCGCCAAUGGAAUGCCUGCGGGUGGCAUGCCUGGACUGCACCGCCAGGGCUCCGACUAUGCCUACAUGGGCGGUAUGAACGUCCCUCCUCACAUGCGCCACGAGAUGCCCCAGCCUAGCCCCCGUGCCUCUCCUGCACUCACUGCGCAAUCGUACGCGUCCAAUGUGAGCGGCACUCGCCCGGCCAUUACAUCUCACCCGAGCGCCUAUGGCCCUCCGCCGAUUCUUGAGCCUCCUGCGUCUGCAAACCACAACCAGUCCGGCACCAACAGCGCCAACGCAAGCCCGCACAUGUCUGCCAUGGGCUGGCAAUCACCUGGCCAGCAGGCCCUGCCCUCUCCGGGCGCUGCAGACAACGGCUAUGUGUACCCUGAGCCUCAGUACCAAGCGCAGAACGGCAUGUACUACCAGCACAACAACAUCCGCCGCCCAAACAGCACCGAGCCCGACCACUACAACCCCAACCAACAGCGGAUGGGCAAUGAGAUGUGGGCUCCUGCCGUUCAAUAA